GGGCUCAUCAUGGUAGGAUUAACUUCAGCAUAUAGUUGCCACAACAUAUUUUGCGAGCCACAUGUCCUUUCACCGCUUCAACAUGACUCUAUCUGGAAGCUGUGCUACAUUCGCCAGCUUGGUCAUUGUUGGUUUACUAUCUAUGCAUGCGACUCACCUUAGCAAACCAAACGAGCAGAUCAAAAUUAUGAAGAUCGGUCUCCUCAUACCAUUUUACUCGAUCCUCUCACUGCUGUCUAUAUGCUUCCCGAAGGGUGCUGUCGACAUUACGCCUUGGCUAGAUCUUGUACAAUCAGUGGCUUUGGGUUCCUUCUUCCUACUGAUGUGCGAAUUUGUUUCCGAGAAUCCCUCACAGAGAGAUCUGUUCUUCGCUGCGCUGGUCGUGCGCGACAAGAAGUCUCCCAGCGGGAAAGGUGGAGGUUUAGCUUGGUACAGGAGUCGCUGGAUUAUGAUCUUUCAGCAGCUGGUGUCUACUCUCAACUUGGUUAAAGACGUCUCUCUUGCGGCAGCCAUGGUAUCAGUGUUGAAAUUCUACUUCGGACUUCGGAAGCAUCUGACGCAGCAUAAACCCUUGGCAAAAUUGCUGGCAUUCAAGCUUGUUGUUAUUACGACAUUCGUUUUGACCAUCGUUUUUUGGAUUCUCAAAGAUGCCAAAGUUCUCAAUGGAAAUUCGACACUCACAUAUGCCGAUCUCAACAUUGGCCUCCCGAACAUGAUCAUCUGUGUCCUUAUGGUUCCACCGUGUAUUUUCUUUCAUUACGUAAACUCCUUGGGACCAUAUAUAAUCUCUCGAAAUGCAAUUCCUGCGGACGAGACCGGAGCGCGAAGGUUGCAACGCUAUCAAGGGGGCUUUCUGGGCGGUCGAGCCUGGAUCAGGGCUUUGAAUCCGUGGGAGACUAUAAAGGCUAUCAUGUUUGCAUUAACCAUGGCAGCAGACAGUUACCAGGAAAGGAGCGCAAACCAAAACAACGUUCUUCCGGCUGCAGGGUAUAUGGUUCGUGGUGGCAGACGUUGAAAUUUUGAACCGUCUUGAUCAAAUGUGAAGUGC